AUGCAGCAGAAGGUGACAGGUUGGACACUUUUGGCCCUCAUCAGUUCAUCGGCAAUUCUUCAUACGCUCGCAUAUCCGCAAAAUGCGCCUCUUAUGUCACAGUCCACAAGUAAUGUGCGAACACAAAAUCCUCAGUACUACAGCAAUUCUUUGCCGCUACCUCAACGAGAGCAAAUAGCUCAGGAGCGCAAAUUUGCCGAAAAAUCCAAUGCGCUAAAGAAAGUGGCUCUUGACGAUUUAGACGACGAGCAGACUAAUUCGAUAUCGGAGGGCGGUUUUUCGUGGACGAACAUAUUAAGUUCGAUAAUGCAAAUGAUUUUCAACCCUGGAAAUGUAGGACCCAACAAAAGUGACAGUUUAGAUACCGAUUCAGUUUCGCCAUCCCCGUGGGCAAAUUUACUGUCUAUGGGCUUUAAAAUUUUAACCGCACUUUUGGGAGGAGGAAACAAUGAUGGUAUCGACAAAGUAGACAAUGGCUCUCCAAUGCAGAGUAUAUUGGCUGCGGUUCUGUCGACGAUGCUCGGUGCGAAAGAUCCCGAUCAAGUCGCCUCCAUGGCAAAGCAGGCUGGAGAGUUUAUCAACGUCGUCGUAAAUCUGCUUGAUGCUCUCAAGACAUCGUUCUCUCAUCGAUCAUUAGCUGCAAGAUCAAUUGGCCGUAAAGAUUCUGUCAGUGACGCCGCCAUCGCUGGAAUUGCUAUGUUGAAGACAUACGUAAGAGCUUUCGGAACAAAUGAUGAUAAAUGUCUUCAAAAAUACGUAUGCGACGCUAACAACGAAUGUGCCGCAGAUAUAGGACCUAAAAGCGUGUUCUGUCAACUCGGAACUUAUGCUGCAAGCUUCGUAUUAGAGAGACAAUCUGCCGGAACAUUUAACCAAUUUUAUGAGGCUGGACGACGCGGCCGUUCUGGAAUCGAUUGUCGCCAACUAUACCUCGAGUGUAACGAAGUUUAAUAAGUUAUAAAUUAUUUAAUAUUAUGUAAUAGAUUUUAAAUUAAUUAGCUGCCAAACACAACAACAAUGAUAAAUCGUUAAAUAAAUUAUGUGUAAAAAGACGGUAAUGUAAAAAUGUAUUUAUUCAAAUAAAAGCACUGGCUAAUUGAAAACAAAUUAAUUAACAUGCUUAUUUUGUAGAAUAUGUUUUUUUUUCUUUUGCUUUGCAUAUAAUUGGCAAGUUGUGUAUUUCGUCUCAUCGCACAGUGUAAAGCGCGUAAAGUAAGAUUUUAUUUAUUUAAAUUAUUUUAUUUAUUUAACUUAUUAUAGAAAUAAAUGCUUCCACGUUAGAUAAAUCGCAAAAGUUGUAGAAUUUUCGUGUUCCCAAAACUAAGCAUUUUUACGUACAGAUAGAUUUUAAUAUUGUGAAUAAAUUGGCUCUGAAUUCGUUAUUCAUUCCGCCAAUUACGUGUAAUUAAUGACUGAUGUUUUGAGUGAUAUAAAUUAAUGAAUAUCACAGGAUAGUUAGUAAUGAUAUUUGUGUAUAGUUUUGUGAUCGCGUGUUUGUGGACGUCCUUGUGUGAUUGUGAUUGUAAAAUAAAACUUUUCAAAGUAA